AUGGGAGACAAAGAUAGGGCGCCUCAAAAUGUCUCAAAAGAAAAGGUCACUCCAGAACACGGUGCGGAAAGUAAUUCCGAUGACGAGAGACUCGACAUUCUGGGCUACAAGCAGGAGCUCCGUCGCAAUCGCUCCCUUAUCACUCUACUCUUUCAAACGCUUGCUAUAGCCGCAAUUCCCUACAGUGAGGGAAGCCCACUCAUCAGCGCCAUAUACGGCGGAGGGCCGAUGUCCAUCUUCAUUGGCUGGAUCAUCGUCGGCAUCCUAUACCAAUGCGUCGCGCUGUCGCUCGGCGAGCUCGUAUCGCGAUAUCCAACCUCUGCCGGGCCCUACUACUGGUCUCAUCAACUAGCGCAGAAACACAAAUCCACCCUAUCUUUCCUUACCGGCUGGGUAUGGCUCAUCGGUAACUGGACGAGCAUUCUCUCCACGAACUUCGGCUUCGCCUCCAUGGCCUCGGCCUCGGUUUCCAUGUUCCACCCCAGCUGGAACCCGCGCAGCUGGGAACUUCUGCUGAUGUUCUACGCCGUCUGCAUUGGCACCUUUCUAGUCUGCACAUUCGGUAAUCGCUUCCUCCCUCAUAUCGACUCUUUCUGCACGGCCUGUACAGCUUUGACCAUCAUCGUUGUGCUCAUCGCAUUAUCCGUCACCGCUUCCACCGGCCGCCACACAGCCGCCUACGCCCUCGGCCACUACGACACGCAAUUAUCCGGUUGGGGAGGCUUGACCUUCUUCAUCGGCCUCCUCCCAGCAGCGUACACCUUCUGCGGACUGGGAAUGGUCACCGCAAUGGCCGAAGAAUGCGUCGCGCCGGCGCGUACCGUCCCACAAGUCCUCAGCCUCCACAUCCCCGUCGGCGGCCUCGCAGGCCUCCUCUUCAUCCUUCCCAUCUGCUUCACCCUGCCUGCUCUCGAAGAUAUUCUCAACGCACCCGCCGGGCAGGCCUUGCCCUACAUUUUUCACCGCGUCAUGGGCACCCCCGGCGGCGGUCUCGCCCUGACCAUUCCAGUUCUGAUCCUCGCCUUCUUCGGCUCCAUCAGUUCGACUGUCGCCAGCUCCAGAGCUACCUACGCCUUCGCGCGCGACAACGGCCUCCCUUUCUCUCGCUUCUGGGCUCAUGUCCACAACCCUUACGCCUUAUCCUCGGCCUCAUCGUCAAGCAACAACAAGCCCGACAACAUCCCGGUUAACGCGCUCCUAGGCGGCACCGUCCUCCAGAUGUUCCUUGGGCUCAUCAACCUAGGCAGCACCAGCGCCUUCACCGCCUUCGUCUCCGUCGGCACCAUUGCCCUAUCCCUCGCAUACGCCAUUCCUAUCGCGUUGAGUCUGAUGCAUCGUCGCACGGAAGUCUCCCGCGCCCCGUGGACAUGUGGGCCCCUCCUCGGCCCCGUCGUGAACGUGAUCUCCCUGGCGUGGAUCAUUCUCGGACUAUUCCUAUUCAGCCUCCCCACCGCGCUGCCAGUCACGCCGUCGUCAAUGAAUUAUGCUGCGGUAGUGUUGGUGGGGUUGUUGGGGUUGGCAUUGGCGUGGUAUGUGGCCUAUGGGUACAAAGUGUACAAAGGUCCGCCGUCGGAAGCCACGGGCUUUCGAUCGUAG